UACUAUUACUAUUUAAUAUUUAGUAUUUACUGUAUUUAGUAUUUUUCAGUUGUUUUGAGUGAUAGAGACAUAGAGUUUACUGAGUUUAGUGAGUCAAUAUAACUUUUCUAUGUCAGUGCAGGGUUCACUAACGAAUUCUAAUUGCAACUUUUAUGCGAUGUGUAUUAAAAUUUAUGUGUUGACUGUUGAGUGAUUUAGUUUUUAGUAUUAAUUAUUAUUCACARUUCACAUUGACAAGUAAUCUGGCUAUAGUUUUGUUUUUUUUUUUGUUUUUAAAUUAGCUGCCUAGUGCCAAAACACAGGACAAAACAAUUAUUGAUUGACACAGAGUGCUUGAAUUUAGAAACACAAUUUUUUUCAUAAUGUUUUUCCCUAAAUAUUUAUGUAUGGUUUUUGCGUUAUUAAUGCCAUGUAUAGCAUUUGACUCUUCAAAUUUAAAAUGUGAAGUGUGUUGUCGUCUUGUUGAAGAAAUACAACGUAAUGUUAGUUCUGUGGAUCCAACAAAUAUCGUGCAAGUUUCUAAUUUCCGAUUGGAUGGAAAUGGUGACCAAAUAAAACAGACUGUUCCAUUAGCUCGGUCACAAUUAUACUUAACAGAAGUUAUGGAUUCUGUGUGUGAAAAGAUGAAUGAUUAUGUUCGUGCUACAUUUAAGAAGAAUGGUACGCUGACAGUUAUGCCAUUGCUAAUAGAUGGAAAAAUGAACCCAUUGAUGAGUGAGGUAGAAGUGGUUCAAGACUCUGAUCUGAAUAAAAGUUUACAGUACCACUGUGAAGACAUUGUUGAUGAUAUUGAAGAAGAUCUCAUAAAUAUGAUUAAGUCUGAAGAUGAUGAUCAUAUUGUUCACUCCAUUUGUACUGAUGUUAUGCAAUUGUGUCCAAGAAAAAAUAAUAAAGUAGAACUUUAACCAAAAGUUACUGAAUUUAAAUGUUUUUAUUUAUACCUAAUUUAUUAUGAUUAAAUAUUGUUUAUACAUAAAAUAAUGCUGAUGUGAUUUUAUAUUAGCUUCUUUUGUUUUAUUAACCUAAUAAAUUUUCUGUUAUAUGCGAUAGUAUUAUGUCUAACAUAAGCAAUGAUACAAGUAUAUAUUUUGCCUUACGUUUUUGAUWUACACCCAGACAACAUAUGUUUGUUGGCUUGAGUAUUAUAAAAAUGUAAUUAUGUAUUACAUAUUACAAUACCYAAGUAGUAACUAGUAUAAUUUGGUGUAUAUAAUAUUAUUGAUAGCUAGUGCUAACAUAAUUUUUUAUAACUUAUCCUUAUUAUUCUACUAAAUACUAAAUACUCUAGGACAGAGAUGGCGAACCUAUGUCACACGUUUCAUUCUGUGACACUCGCACAUUAUAUCACUGACACGUCAAUUAAAAUAUAAUUUAUAAUUUUUGCUUCACUUCCAAAAAWAUUACUGAUAAUUUAAAAUUAACUUGAACUUAUUAUUGUAAUAUAUUGUAAAAAAUCACAGAUAUUAGUGCAGCAUGUAUUCAAUUAAAAUCUCUAAAUCAUAAUCUUAGCUGGAAAAUGCAGCAACAGAUUUCUCAUUAAAAACUAAUUUUUGUAAUUAAAAAAUUAUGUAAUUAGGUAUAUUAA